AUGAGCACGACCAACUCCUUUUUUCGAUUUCCUGACAUCAGGAGAAGAAGGAUGAAUUCGACAAUCCAGUUUUAUUCCUGGGAAAGCAGAAAAGAAGAAGAAAUCAUAUACUUUUUUACGAAGACCAAACCAAAGGGGUCACUUUUUGGAGGCUCCGAGGAGCUUGCAAAUUUCCUUAGCAAUUUUGUCCGUAAAUUAUUAUUUAACCUACAAGAGCAUACUAGAAUACUGUAUCAGCCAGUAUUGUCGAAAUUUUGGUUUAUUCAGGAGAUAGCACUGCUACUAGAGCCAGGAAAUUCUCAAUUUUCUGGUACGUCCACUGAGUACUCCGGAAAAAAAACGGCUGAGAAAGAGGAAGGAAGAAAAACUGGAACGUCGGAAGUGUCAAAUUCGCUGAUUUCGAGAAAAUUUCCAGCCGAUAACUUCUGUUUUCGUUUUUCCUUAUUCGAAAAAAUAUAUCCCAUUUAUAGCCCUCGCGACAAGCCAAUUAUCCCCCUAUUUUCCGUAGCUCACACACUAUUUGAUUCUCAAGAUUUUCAGAUUUGUUCAGGUUUUCAUAUUUUUCAAAUGCUUCAGCUUUUUUUUUCACUUUUUCACAUUUUUGAAGGUUCCAGAAUUUUCCUAUUUUUAGAAUUUCAGAUUUUUCAAAAUUAUUUCUUGAAUUUCAAAUUUUUCCGAUUCUUAGGUAAUCCGGGCUUUCAGAUUUUUGCAUCUUCCAGAAUUUCGGAAUUUCGAAGCUUCCAGAAUUUUCAGAGUUUUUUAAAAUUUUCCAAAUUUGUCAGGUUUCCUGAUUUUCUGAUUUUUUCAAAGUUUCUGAUUUUUCUGGCUCUUCCAAUUUGGCUUCCAGAUGUUUAA